AUGUUGCGUAUCAGCUUUCUUCAAUUGCUCUUUGUGACACUGCUCGCUCUGUCUGCGGUCUUCGCAGCAGAUGCGGUGGAGGGGACUUCGUCAAGUGAGUCUAUCCAAGAAGCGUUUGCCGACAUCAAGGCAGUCAAGCUCCAUGAUGCUCUGCAUGCUUUCUCCGCCAAAUUUCGUCAUGGGAUCUUCCCGACUGACCUUCAAGCCGCCGAGGCUUUGCAAGCUGAAGAACCCACUAUUGCCAGCCUUAUCAAGCUCGCCAAGCGUCAGGAUAAUGCCACUGCCUCAACCCCGGCCACAGUUCCUACUGUGACUACUGCCAGCACCGAAUCAACCUCUGAGCCCGCCACCACCUCAGCUGCUGAGACCAGUGAGACCACCUCGGUCUCUAGCACUGAGCCGACUACCAGCGCUCAGCCAACCGUCACCUCGGCCACCUCGACUAGAGAGACCACCAGCGAGACCACCAGCGAGACCAGCUCUGCUAGCUCUGCAUCUGUCCCCACUGAGACCUCCAGCACGGUCUCGACCCAGACUACUUCUCAGCCGACCACUUCCACUACUGCGUCUUCGACUGCUGAGACCACUCAGACCACUCAGACUACUCAGACUACUCAGACCACUACCAGUGUUCCUUCGACCCUGUCGACUACCCGGAGCACUUCGUCCACCUCGUCCACCUCAACCACGAGUGAUCAAUCAACUACCUCUACCCCCGCCACCAGAUUGAGCACUUCCACCUUCGAGAGCACGACCACCUUGCCCGACGGCAGUCUGAGCACCAUCACCUCUAUCACGGUGAUCACCCCAUCGGCAACCGGCCAGGCCGCAUCCGCAACCACCGCUGGCAAGCCCGGUCUGCAGACUAACGUCGCGGCGAUGGCCACCGGUAUGGCUCGUGAGGUCGUCGCCAUCGUUGGUGGCGCCGUCGUGGUCGCAAUGGCUCUGUAA